AUGUGGAUAACCACGAUGUUCAAAAAAAUGGACGAAAGUAAUGAAGAAGUCAUUGCAAAUGAUAGGCGUGAAUCACUUACUUUUCCUAAACUGUACUCUCUCUAUGCCGAAUGGAUGACUGAAAAUAAACCUAAUGAUGCUAAAGCUACCCAAGAACAGUACAGACAAAUAUUUUAUAAAGAAUUUAAUUUAGAUUUCUUCAAACCAAAGAAAGACCAAUGUUUAAAAGGUGAGGUUCACCAAAAAGCUUCAGAGUCAGAAAAAGAAACCACAGCAAUUGAUUAUGCAUUACAUAUAGCAAAUAAAUCUAUCGUACGUGAAAUAAAAGAAAACGAUAAGGCUGAAGCCAAACAAUUGAAGAAAACAUUGAUUACAGCAUGUUUUGACUUACAAAAUAUUUUAACUACUCCUCACGAUCAACUAAAUUGGAUUGAUUUGGACUACCACAAAGUAAAGACCAGACGACUGAAUAAAAACAAAAAUUUGGACACGUUGUGGAGUCAUACUUUAGUUAUAGCGUAUAAAAGCUUACACCCAAUCACUCAAAGCAAAUACAAGGACUUGAUGAGCUUAUGCUCCAGCGGUGAAAUUCCAGAACAAUACAGAAUGUUUUAUGUAAACUUGCCGCACUCAAACACCGUUACUAAUACGGUUGAUUUAGACAUUGAAGACUAA